AUGAGGGGGGCCAUGCAAGUCUCCAUCGUCCUCCUCCUGGUGACCGUGUCCGAUGGUGCGGUGAUCACGGGGGCCUGUGAGCGGGAUGUCCAGUGUGGGACAGGCACCUGCUGUGCCGUCAGCCUGUGGCUGCGCGGUGUGCGGAUGUGCACCCCGCUGGGGCGGGCAGGACAGGAGUGUCACCCUGGCAGCCACAAGAUCCCUUUCUUCAGAAAACGCCAGCACCACAGCUGUCCCUGCCUGCCCAGCCUGCUGUGCGCCAGGCGCCCGGACGGCAGGUACCGCUGCUCCGCGGACUUGAAGAGCAUCCACUUUUAG